UUAUACCUUUGUCGAAGAAAAAGGUGAUGAAUAUGGCGUUUACCAUUUCAUUCAUCAGCUUUAAAAAUAAGAGAUAUAUUGAUCAUUCAAAAAAUGGAUGACUUGGACGAUGGUGAUGAAGCUCUACAAAUUGGAGAAAGAACUUGGAACCGUGCCGUUAAAGCAGCCGAAAAAGAAGGUUUUCGUGAAGGAGUUGAAGAAGGAGCUGAUCAAGUUCUCCAAAAAGACUUUGAUGAAGGAUAUGAAGAUGGAUUCAGAAUAGCUUUUAUUCUUGGACACUAUAAAGGACUUGCUGCUUUUUUAUUCAAAAAUAUUGAUCAUCCAAAAGAAAUUAAUGAUAUUUUAGAGAUUACAAGAAGAGGAGCAUGUUAUAUUUGUGAGGUUGAAUCAAAGCAAGAAAAUAAAGACGACGAUGAGACAAUUCUUCACAAUCAUAGGGAACAUACGUUAAAAAUAUGUAAAAAAUUAAAAGCGUACUUUGAUCCUUUAUUAAAAAAUAAAGGCAUUGAUACUGAUUUUACAAAAGAGUUAAAUCUCGAAUAAUUUAUCAAUAAUUAUUUUUAUUAUUCUUAUUAGUACACGGUUGAAAAAAAACGAAUCGAUUAACUGCCAGGCAGGCUUGGUAAUGAAAAACCCAUUGUAUUAUUGAGAUGAAUAAAUGAAUUUUUUUUACAAAUAAAGUC